AUGAUCCCCUCCCAUGUCCUCGACACCUCUGCUGUCAGCGACAACUGGGCACACUUCUGUCGAAAAUGCUCUGCUUGCAUUGCUGAGGACAAGUCCGCCGACCCUUCCUUCUCCCAUGCCUUCACCAAGGUCCCCUCUCUCUCACGCGCUAAUGGCAUGGUCCUCGGCGAUAUCCCUGCCGUGCUGGCUGGCCUCACGUGGGUGGAAACGGUCUGCAUAGCUCGAGCCAGGGCGAGUCGUUGCUGUGUCAAGAUCAAAGGUCACGGCUCUCAUCAGUCAAAAGGCAACGUUGUCAUACUCCCCCAGGCUGCGUCCGAGCUGUCGAGGUUGCUCCCUCUUCCAGCUUCUGUGAUCGCUAACGAGAUCGUUGUCAUCUGGGUUGCCAACCAAGCAGAGCCUCUCACUGCUGAGAAGAUUCCCAAGAAUCUACUUACCGUCCGCCGGGACAAGAUAAUUGCUGCUCUGCAGUGGUUGAGAGAGAACAACCCUCUCUAUAGUGACGUCUCCAUUGAUGGUGAUGCGUUGACCACCUACCCAGAGGACGGACACCUCCCAAUACCUUGUUUCAAUUCUGUCGCCUCCGCUUCCACCGAAGCCGAAGGUGCUGGAUAUGUCCCCCCUGCCACGGCUCCUUCUCAGUCGGCUGACGCUUCCCAGCCAUCGGAAGACGUCAUGGUGGACGUCUCUGGUUGUGUUGACAGCAACAGCUCUGGUCAUCAUGUCGACCUGCGCAAAGUGUCCGCUCUCACAGCUAUCAAGGGGGGUGCUCAAUUCCUGGCGUAUCCUUCCGGGGCAACGCCCAUGCAAGAAUACUCGGCACCAGAGACCUUUGCAGCCCUCUACCCUCUCCUCUUCCCCUACGGCUGUGGUAGCUUUGAGGAUCGACUUCGGCCAAAAAAAGUCUCCUUUGCGGCGCAUGUUGCCCAUUGCUUGAGAUACAAGGAUCGCCGCUUCUCAACAGACGUCACCUUCCCCUUCGUCUGCCUCAACAUCAUCCAGCGUCGCCAAGCUUCUUUCCAAACUCACCUUCAAACCGAGAAGGCUUCAUUCUCAGAACUUGUCCCUCUCCUGAAAAGGGUUGACGUUGACACCCUCGCAUCCAUGCAAGGCAAGCUCAAGCCCGGGGUCCGUUUCGUUCCGGAAUCAGAGCAGGAGAGAGCCGCUGUGACCUUGCUUCGGAAGCUGAACAUCAUGUCUAUCAACAUCUUCGGCUCUGCUGGAAGCCACAAAGACAUGCGGGAAGAGCUCAGAGCCCUUCUUCGCCACUCUGGCAUGCCUAGCUUGUUCGUCACCCUCAACCCCGCCGACACCAUGAAUCCUAUUGUUGGGGUCUUCUCCAACCUGGAUGAGACACUGGGUACCGGAAAAGCUGUCAGCGCUGAGGCUUCAGCGAGAAGCCAAGCCGCAGCGCUCAAUCCCGGUGCAUGUGCUCAGGGCUUCCACUUCAUGGUUUCUCAAGAGAGGGACAAGGUCCGGGAAUAA